GGUGGCAAAGAGAUGGUGUCAGGCAACGAGAAAUGGGGAAGAUAAAAGUGUACAGAAUGUGAAUCCGUGAAAGUGACUCGUAGAAGCUGUGACCUGUGAAGACUGAAAAGAAGAAAACUCAUACAUGCUGCUGAAACCAAAAUUUGCAUCCCCUGAUCUAGCAACAGGAUGGCUGUAAAUAUUGUUGACUUGCCAGAAAAUAUAUUGCUCAAUAUACUGCAGCUGUGUAAUGUUCAAGACUUGACAGCUCUGAGUGUUGUGUGCAGUCUUUUUCAUCGUCUGACCAAAGAUUCGUUUCUUUGGAGACACCUUUGUUUUAGAGAUUUCAGAGUGUCUCCUGAAUCAUGUGAAAAAUCAUCUUAUGAGAAAAUAUAUAAAAAUGUUCUGCAUAAGUAUGGAUGUAUGCUGGGUCUCUAUCAGUCUCAGAUCGGACCUUAUGGGGGCCUGUUGGAAAUACGAUUUCAGGAUGGAUGCAUUGAAGGAGCUGUAUGGGAACCAACUUCUGAUGUCAUGGAACCUUUAAAGGAGUCAAUUACAUUCUCCAUCAAUGGAAAUGAAGUGCCUACCAAAUGCCUUUGCAUACCUCAUAUAAAUCCUCAUAAAUGCUCCCUUCAAGUGGACAAGAGAAAAGGAAUAGUAACACAGCUUUGUUCUGACAAUGAGGGGCAUAUCAGAACUCUUUGUGACAUGGAUAGGGAUGUUACAGGCAACCUCUUCAACUAUGUUAGUAUGAAGAUAGUGUACUUGAAUGAAGUGAUCUCAACUGGACUGAUCCAUAAACCACUGAUGUUACCAGGACCAGAUGACAUACCCAAUGCUCUGAGAAGAAAAGAUGGCUCCUUCCCAAAGCAGAUCAUUACACCUGGACUCUUCAAAGGAACAUAUUCAGUUCAUGGAAUUGAGGUUCUUCUUUUCAGAUACAAGGAUGAACAUGAAAUUCAUGGAUAUAAAGUAACUGGUGAUGUUAAUGUUCAUGCCAGUAAAAUCUCUGUGAAAAUACUUCUGAAGUUCCCUGCAUAUCCUACUGGAAAAAAUAGCAUUGCAGCUAUGAAGACCACAGAACCAGAGUCUAGUAAAACUCCUUUAGACCAGAUACCUGAGCAUCCCUUCUCAAUACCAAGUGGCUGCUACUAUGAAGCUACCACUCCACUUCCAACCAGAUGUAUAGCAAGAUAUCAUGGAUUUGGGCAAAUAGCUUAUGAGGAAUUCCACAGACCAACCUUUACACCAGUGCAAGUUAUCAUCUUCAACAAUGACCUUAUAGGUGUUGUAUGGAUUGAACUUACAGCUUUCAGUUUAUUUUCUCGUGUCCAAAGAACAUUUACAAAAAAUGUUUUGAACACUGUAGAAAGUUGUCUAUGAUUCAUUCAAUUUAUUAUGAAUGUGGCUGUGCUAAAAAAAGUUUUUUUUUUUCUAAAAGUUUUAUCUUUGCUUUGGUUGAGCAACUAAACUGUUUAAUUUUAUAUGUAGGGUUACAUUUUGCUACAGGUGGAGGAAUAGGACACUGGUGAAGAGAUAAAAUCUAGAAUUAAUGAGCCAAAUCAGCUGUGGAGAACAAUGAACAGAUGCUUUAAUUAGAAAAUGUUUAGAAUAUAAUAUGCAUGUACUGGUAGCAUUGUGUUGAAUUUAAACAUGGAAUUUAGAAGUAGAAGAGAGCAGUUUGAAUGUAUGUUGUGAAGAUUAGUUGUCUGAGGAAUGUGUGGAAUAACAUGUAUUAAUUGAGUAAGAAAUGACAAAAUCCAGAAAAGUGAUCUUGUAAGAGAGCUAGCUAAUUGAGCAGUGAAGAGAAUGUUGCAGUGGUUUGGGUAUGUAGAAAGGAUGGAUGAAGAAGAUUUAGUAAAGAUUGAAUCAGAUGUAAAGUUGAGGAAAAAACAUAAUUAGAUUAGAUAGACUGUAAAGUGAGCAUUUGAUGUAGAAGUGAUGUCUAUGGAACAAGGCAGAAUGAUUGCUUAUGAUUAGGUUGAAUGACAGGAAUUGUGGAUACAUCAAUGUAACGUAGCUAAUAUGUUAUAAGCAGCAAAUAAUACCCCUUUUAUACAAGGGAACAAAGUGUUAGACACCAGUGCCCAAUAUUUACGUUCUCGUGUGAAAGGAUCGUCAACAGCAAGCAACUAGUGACAGACACCGACUUGUGAUGUCCCUUCCCAUGAUUAUCAGUUGAAAGAAUAAUAUUAAAGGAGCUUACCUUUCUUUCAAUGGUUAGAGAGGAAACAGAAAAUGGUACAAAUUGCAGAAAGAUUAGCCAAAUUUAUGGAUGGGGAUGAUGGUUGGAAUUAGGUAGGUAUAUUUCAUACUAGGACUGCCAUGUAUAAGCCUGAAGGCUUCAUGCAGCUUCUCUUAUUUUCUUAUGAUUUUAAUGUGAUACAAAAGUUUGUAGUAGUACUGGAUUUCAAUUUGAAUUGAUUUCUAACAUGACAUGACUUUUUCUCCUAAAACAUCUUUUCAUGCUGUACACUCAUACACUGGUCAUCCUAUUGGAAAAAUCCAUGUACCUAUUUUCUGGUCUUAAGGCUGAAUCAUAUGAGGACUCUGAAAGCAACAGAAUGAAGGGACUGUAUUCUUGCUCCUACUUGCUUUUUAAAAAGCGACCAACCUGUUAAGAUACUCAACUAAAGAUGCACAUGAGUGGAGAAGAUACUAUUAUUAAAAGUAAUGAGGGGUGAGAAUUGAAUUGUGAAGUUCAGGGUGAUGAAACAUUAGAAUGAAGAUGAGGGUUAUAAAACAGAGAGAAAGAGAAAACUCCAACUGUGUAAGGAUACUGUAUGAAUAGGAAGCUUUCAAAAUCUUGCUUGUCUGACGGUAGACUCCCAUUUAGGAAACUAAGGAACAAGUAAUAAAACUCAUGUAGUGUAAAGAUACAUGUAUAUAUAGAUACUGUAUAUUAACAAAGGCAAAAUAAAGCUUAGUUAUGUAUCACUGAGACACAGAGAUGAAUCUCUUUUCACUAUGAAUACAUUAUAAGAACUCUACCAUAUGUGCAUGUGUGCAUAUUACUGCAUAAUGACCUUUUCACUGUGAAUGCAUUGUAAAAACUCCAAGAUAUGUGCAUGUGUGCAUAAUGGUUUCAAUUUGAAUAGGUGAGGUUGAAGGUAAAGUAAUUACUAUAAGGGACAUUCUGUUAAAUGCACCAUUUUUCUUUACAUUUAUUUGUUUAUGAAUAAUAGUAAAGCAAAAGAGAAUGUAUCAAAUAGUGUAAUAAUGUUCAACAAAUAAUAAUUACAUGUGAAGAGAAAUGAUCAACUUGAGAUCACAUUUAAAAAAAAUUGUUGUCCUUUAAACCUUUUAAAUUUAUUCUUACUACUGUACUAUUCUCUCUCUCUCUCUCUCUCUCUCUCUCUCUCUCUCUCUCUCUCUCUCUCUCUCUCUCUCUCUCUCUCUCUCUCUCCUAUUAUUAUUUAUUUAUUUUUUUUUUUUUUUUUUCUUUUUUUUUUUUUUGUGUAGCACAAAAUUCUUGUUUCUUAGAAUGAAAAUCUGUUUUCUACACACACGCAUACAUACACAGUUUCAAACCUUAUGGCCAGCCACUCCAAUACAACAAGGUGGUAAUAUUUUUGGACUUGCAGAUUAAACUAGUGUCCUUCAAGAGUUAGAAAAUUUAAUUCUCCAUCUAUUAACUUGUCACAACUUUCCAGACUACUAUCCCUCUUUCUUCAUUGACACUCAACUGUCCCCUUCUACACAGAAUGUUCUCAAUCUGUCCUUUAGUUAUUAUCUAAACUGCAAAACAUAUCUCAUCUUCAGCUAAAACAUCUAAUACACAAACGAUUUUGUAACUAUGUUUACUAUAUAAAUUACAUGUUUGAGAAAAGUAAUAGUUUAAAAAUAAAUAUUACAUUUAUAUAUGAAAUUUGAUGUAGUACUGAAGAAUAAAAUGUCACUAAUUAUGAAACAUUAAUUAAGAAUUCAUAUGUACACUUAAUCACAAACUAUAACAGAAUAAGCCUUCAACUGAAUCAAGUUGUCAAUUUUUUCUUCUAUGGCGAUGCAAGUCACUUUAACAUUUUAUGUGAAAAGUACCUUACCAUAGUUAUCUAUAAUAAGCCACCCAAGUCAAAAUUGUAAGCAAUGAUAUAUGUGUAUGUUACUGAGAUUAUUAUGUCAUUAUGCUGCAACUUUUUUCCUGGGUUUUAUAAGAUGGUGAUAGUUUGGUAAGAUUUUGGUCAAGAAGUCCAACUGCAAUCCUUGAGACUGUAGGAGAGAGAGUACACAAAUUAAACUGGUAAUAUGUGUGCGUUUUAUUAAGAGUUGCAUAAUGAGAAUUGCUUGAUUUUUUAUGUAUUUAUAAUUCUUAACAAUAAAUCGAUACUCACU